UAGAGAUAACGAGACAGAUAUUAUUUUCACCACAAAUUACAUACAACUCACAAUGAAAUGACAAACAACUAAGUAUGAGUUACAGACAACUUCACAACUCAAAAUAAAUACAGACAACUAACAAACAAAUGACAAAUAAUUAAAUAUCAAUUACAGACAUUUAUUUUUCAAAUAACAGACAAUUUCAUUACUCUUACAGACAUUGCACUUACAAGUUGUCUGUCUGACAGACAACCCUUUAUAUUUCCAAAAUACAUCAAAAAUGAAGAAAACAAAAUCAAGAAAAGAAGAUUUGCUGCUCAAGUUGUUCAAAUCUUCUUGGUUUGCCUUCGUCGUUGUUUUCCCUUGAGGUUGCAUCCGAAAUAGCAACCAACGUAGACCCACCGUCGACAACCGGCGUAGAUCCGCCGUCGGCAACCGGUAUAGACCCGCCGUCAUCAACGUCACCGGUGGAAGUGGAGAUAAGCAGGAGAAGAUUUAAGGUUGGAAGAGGGAAAAAUGGUAAAAAUGGGAAAGAUUUUGAGAUGGAGAAGAAAGGGGAAAGGAGGGGUGCGUGAAAAGAGGAGACGGGGGAGGAAGAGAGGUGGUGUGCAGGAGAGAGGAAGGGGGAGAAGAAAAGGGAGGUGGGUUUUUAUAUGGAGUACAAUUGGGGUAGGGUUUGGGUACCUAUGACGAAUCAAUCAAAAAUCAGACUACCAUAAAGAUCUUAUCCCCAAAUCGAAUGUCCAACUCUCUCGUCCCGAAAUUUGCUAGUGGAUAAAAUAAGCAACGACUCUCUUCCACAAGCAAGCACAAAACCCAGAUGGAGCAGCUAUGAACACAACCACACCUCCCUCCGACUUCUCCUCAUUUUCUUCAACAAACAGUAGGCUCUCACUCCGGCGACUUUCCCCACCGCCGCCUGGUUCAGCCAAGCUCACAAUCACCUCUGCAGCUAGCAGAGCCAAAGUUACACAAUCAUCACAUUCUAAAACCCCCAAUACAACUACAACUACUACUACAUCUCUGAUUAUCACUACGCCUGACCAGCUAUCUAACAAGAAUCCUCAACAAGACCAGCCUCUUCUCACCCUUCUCCAGCAGAGGAAAAUUGAAGAGGCCUGGUUGGCUUACACCGGAUCCGACCAACUUCCCAACUCCACUUGCCUUAGCCGUUUAGUCUCUCAACUAUCCUACCAGAAGACCCACGACGGCCUCACGCGUGCCCAGUCCAUCGUCCGUCGUCUCCACCAUGACAACCAGCUCCACCUCCUUGACUGCAACUCCCUCGGCCUCCUCGCAGUUGCCGCAGCUAAAUCCGGUCAUAUCCUGUACGCCACCUCCAUCAUCAAGUCUAUGCUCAAAUCCGGAUACCUCCCGCAUGUCAAGGCCUGGAGCGCCGUCAUCAGCCGACUUUCCAGCUCAGGUGAUGAUGGCCCGACUGAGGCCUUGACUUUAUUUGACUUGGUCACCAAAAGGGUCCAACGGAUCUCGGACCCCAAUGUGAUUAAGGACUCCACACCCGACACUGCUUCUUACAAUGCCGUGCUGAAUGCAUGUGCUAACAUUGGUGACACGAGGAAAUUCUUGCAACUGUUUGAAGGGAUGAGUGAGUUUGGUUGUGAACCAGAUGUUUUGACAUACAAUGUGAUGAUGAAGCUCUGUGCUAGAGCUGAUAGGAAAGAGCUGCUAGUGUUUGUGUUGGAGAGAAUAAUCCAAAAGAGAAUACCUUUGUGUAUGACGACACUUCAAUCCCUUGUGGCCGCUUAUGUUGGUUUUGGUGAUUUGGAAUCAGCCGAGAAAAUUGUUCAGGCCAUGAGAGAAGGGAGGAGAGAUCUCUGCAAGAUUCUAAGGGAUUCAACUGUGAAAGAGAUAGGUCUAAGGCAAACGGAACAGAUCCUAAAUGAGAGUGAUGUAUUCAAAGAGCUGCUUCCAAAUUGUUUAAACUCAGGAGACAAAGAGCCACCAGAGUUACCUCAUGUGUUU